GGUUGAUUGGAUUGCCGGGAAACGGAAGCUGAGGGAUAAAAACCGAAAAGCAGGCGCAAGCCCGCUAACAUUUUUAGUUUUGGCUUUCUAAAAAUUUUGAAACCCCGCUUCUUCUCCCCGCCCUCACUCACAUUCCUUAUACUAAACCCAAAAUUUCCCCCCGAUCCCAUCUCUGUUUCUCUUUCUACGCGCUUUCACUCCCCCCCCCCCCCUCCCACCCCCCUCUACUUCUUCCAUUUCUCUUCUACUAAAUUCCCUCUCUAGGGUUUCUCCCCCAAUUCCCAAUUCUCCCUCUCUUUACCCUCUUCUCUCCUCUCUUCCUACAAUUCCGCCUUUCUGUCUCCUUUCCUACUUCUAUGGCCUCCGUUAACAUAGAAGACAAGAAAGCUGACGACGAAGCUCCUGUCCAAACACACCAAGACACUAAGAGUCAAGAUACUUCCCAAGCCCAGAUGUCGGGGAAAGAAGUGACUGUUGUACCUGAUAAACAGGAAGGUUCUAGUGCAGACGGCGGUACUGAUGAGGUAAAUGGUGAUGCUAAAGCCGACGACAAGAAAGCUGACCCGGAAAUUAAAGAAGUAGGUGACGAACAGGGCACUGCUGCGAAUGACGAAGUCGAGGAAACUAAUUCUGACAACAAAGGGGAAGGUAGUGGAGAUGAGGAAGCCGAAGGUGACAACGAGGUUGAAACUGAAGGCGAAGGUGAACGGGAAGAAAGCCAGGUACCGAAGAAGGGAUCAAAGGUGGAUGCAAAGAAGGAUAAAAAGGUUUCUUCGAAAUCAAUAAAAAAUUCUGUAGAGAAGAAAGGGAAAAAAGAUUCUAGUUUGAAGGAGCCGGUCACGCCGACCAUUGAGAGGCCAGCCAGGGAGAGAAAGACAGUUGAGCGGUAUUCUGUGCCAUCGCCAGGCAGGUUUGGAAGGUCUUCUGCAAGCAAAGCUCUCUCAAUUGAAAAGGGCCGUGGCACUACGCUCAAGGAUAUUCCAAAUGUGGCAUUCAAAUUGUCAAAGAGAAAAGCUGACGACAAUCUGCAACUACUUCAUACAAUUCUGUUUGGAAAGAAAGCAAAGGCUCAAACCUUGAAAAGGAAUAUAAGCCAGUUUUCAGGUUAUGUUUGGGUUGAGAAUGAGGAAAAACAAAGGUCGAAGGUAAAGGAGAAGAUUGAAAAGUGUGUCAAAGAAAAAUUGGUGGAUUUUUGUGACGUGCUAAAUAUCCCAAUAAACAAAGCCAGUGUAAAGAAGGAGGAGCUCUCAGCAAAGUUAUUAGAAUUUUUGGAGUCACCGCAUGCUACAACUGAUGUUUUGCUGGCUGACAAGGAGCAGAAAGUCAAAAAACGACGGAGGUCCAGUUCAGGCAAGGCAGUUGGUUCCGGAGAAUCUGCAGAAGUGCCUGCUAAGAAACAAAAAUCUCAGCCUACAAAGAAGAGAAAACAUACCUCGGAUGUUGAGGAAGAAGAAGAGGAUGAUAAAGUUGAAGCCUCAAACGAAAAGGAUGUUUCUCAAGAUAAGGAAGAUGACGACGAUGAUGCAACUGCCUCAAAAGAAGAAAUCGAUGAAAAGGAUAAAUCAGAUGAGGAUGAAAAGACACCAGAGAAAAUGCCUAGUCCAAAGAAGCCAUCUAAGAAGGCUGGAAAAGAUUCUGGGUCUAAAUCUGUUGAAAAAUCUUCUUCUACAAAGAAAGUGGCUGUGAAAUCUGCUAAAGAAGCUGCAAAAUCAACUAAAAAAUCAUCUAGUUCGGCUUCAAAAAAGGAUGCUGUCAAAUCUGUUGCCUCACCAUCAAAGCCAAAGGGCUCAUCCAAAAAGCCAAAAGUCGAGGAAAAGAAGCCUGUAAAGGAAAAAUCUUCAGGCAAGAAACAGACGAGCAAAGCCCCUGCAAAGAUUUCGGUAGAAGAACAAGGCAAGGGAAAGAGUAGCAAGAAAGCUAAGAAAGAACCCAGCAGAGAGGAGAUGCAUGAAGUUGUAGUUAAUAUUCUGAAGCAAGUUGAUUUCAAUACUGCAACUUUGUCCGACAUUCUCAGGCAACUUGGUACCCACUUUGGUGUGGAUUUAAUGCAUAGGAAAGCAGAGGUGAAGGAUAUUAUAACAGAUGUGAUAAAUAACAUGAGUGAUGAAGAAGAGGAGGCUGAUGAUGAUGGUGGUGAUGAUACGGACAAAGAUGAGGAUAAGGAUGAGGAUGCUUAACUUGUUUAAUGUAUCCUUACUUUUCUGUAGCCCUGGCAGAAGAUCAUUUUACACUUUCCUGAAUGAUCAUCCCUUCAUGAUCUCCAUCUGCAGUUUGAUUGUUACAGUAAAUGUUUAGAUAUCUCUGGCAUGGUCUGUAUAAUGUACCAUAUAGAUUUAACAUUUUUGUAUGGUAACUUGUUAGCCUAGUCCCAUUUUUUCCCUUCCCCCGCAAACUAAUUGUAUUUUAGCCCCUCCCUAGACAAGUAGUUAGUUGAUUACAUCUUAAUGGAACAAGGUUUAAAGUAUUAGAUUGCAAAGCUGAUUAUGAUGAAUUCCUCUAUCUUGGUUGCGCUCGGUCAA